AUGAAGAGGAUAAAAAUCUCUGCCUCAUGGCUUACAAGCACAAGUUCUGCUGUGUGGUUCCUCCAGCCAGGCAGCCGAGCCACGGCGAUCGAUCCAUGGAGUGGAACCCCGCAUUCUUCCAUAGCGCGCGCCGGGGUCGAGCAGAAAUCCGGGAAAUCCAAGAAGGUGAGGGUUAAUCUAGCGCCUCUCCUCGCCGCGAUCAAGGCAUGCAGCGAGGCAAGGGAUGUGGAGAAAGGGAGAAGGAUUCACAGGGAGAUUGGGGAGGAGAUCAGGGAUAAUGUCUACGUGACGAGCAGCUUGGUCAGCAUGUACUCGCGGUGUGGAAGCUUGGUAGAGGCGCGCAGAGUUUUCGAUGGGAUGGGUUAUAGCCGCAAUGUGGUGGCCUGGACAGCACUGGUCAUGGGGCAUGUAGAAAGCGGCCAUGCCAGAGUGGCUCUCGAGCUUUUCGAUCGUAUGCAACUGGAAGGCUGCUCGCCAAACGCACGGACCUUCGUCGCCGCGAUCAAGGCUUGCGCAAGGCUGGCAGAAGAAGAAGAAGUUGGCGAUGGAAAGGCGAGAUCUUUACGCAAAGGAGCUGCCAUUCACUCGCUUUUAUCAGCGUGUGGCCUCGACUCGGAUGUUUUCCUCGCAAGUUGCCUGGUGGAGAUGUACGCGAAGUGUGGGAGGAUGACGAGCGCAAGACUGGUUUUCGACGCCGCGCCAUGCCGCGACGUUGUUCUCUGGACUUGUCUCAUGCUGGGUUACGCUGACAAUGCGGAGGAGGAUCUAGCUCUGGAUUGCCUUGGACGGAUGGAAGCACAGGGCUGUCCACCAAAUGCGUGGACGUUUGCUGUGGCAUUGAAGGCCUGCAUUGGGCUGGCGGGGAGAGAGCAAGGCACGCAAGUUGAUGGGAAGAUCUUUAAGGUGGGGUCUCUCCGGAAAGGAAUGGACGUUCACUCCCGGGCCGCUGCCAGUGGAUGUGACGAGGAAAAGUUCGUGGCAAGCAGCUUGGUGGCCAUGUACGCAAAGUGUGGCAGCAUGGUCGACGCCGGAAAGGUGUUUGACAGGAUGAGGCAGCGUGACGUUGUCUCUUGGAACUCUCUCAUAGGUGGAUACGCGGAGAACGGGCAGGGGAAGCUGGCUUUGGAAGCUCUCGAGAGAAUGGAGCUCGAGUGCUGCUCGCCGGACACCGGAACGUACGUCGCUGCGUUGAAGGCCAGCGGGAGUGUUGUUGCCGUGGAAGCUGGGAGGCGGAUCCACGCUCAAGUUUGUAGGAGAGGUCUUGAGCGAGACCGAGCACUGGCGACUUCUCUGGUGGAUUUUUACGGGAAGUGUGGGAGCAUGCUCGAGGCUCACCAGGCGUUCGAUUCACUCGCACCCAGGGAUGCUGUAGCACUCACUGCUUUGCUCGCUGGAUACAGUCGGGAAGGGGAUGUGAGGAGCGUGCUGGAACUUUUCAGCGGGAUGGCCGCCGAAGGUCUCCGAGCCGAUGGGAUCACUCUCGUCUGCGUCCUGGCUCUGUGCAGCCAUGCCGGCCUUGCGGAUAAGGGGAAGGAGUUUUUCGAGGCCAUGAGCUCCAAGUAUGGCGUCACUCCGAUGCUCGAGCACUAUCACUGUAUGGUGGACAUUCUCGGCCGCUCCAGUCAACUGGAUGCCGCGAUUUCCUUGGUGAAGUCGACGCCAGCGGACUCGAGCUCGUUGGCUUGGCUGACGGUCUUAGGAGCAUGCACGAAGUGGAGAGACGAGUCCGGGGGAAGGGUCGCGUUUGGCUCGUUGAAGAACUUGGGUGAAAUGGACGCGGCAGCUUGCGUGUUGAUGGAAAGCAUUUACAAGGCCUCGAGAAGAUGA